AUAUUAAAUCUGGUUUGUUUCAUUCAGAAAACAUCAUGAUGACACAGCUGAGGAGGUGUUAAAUGUUAACUGUUAGGCUACGCCUGUCCCAGGGUCCAGACAGACCAAAGGUCCACUCUGCGUCUCUCCCGAGAGACUCCUCCUUGGAGAGAUAACCAGCUCUGCAGCCUCUACGGGAUCCAGCUUCCGCCCUGCCCUGCUCUGAAGCCUUGCAGAGCUCUGGAAGACGUGACUCCUGCAGCCAGUCCAGAGCAGAUCUGCACAGAGAAGCUUUUGGAAAACAGGACUAACGGGAAACUCUUAUGAAGGUACAGUAAGCAGGAGCCAUCAUGGAGAAUCAUGUCACGCAGAUUUCCAGAGACGACCUGGAAGAUCUCAGGGAGGCCUUUAAUAAAAUUGAUAUUGAUAACAGCGGCUUCGUGAGCGACUUUGAGCUCCAGGAGCUGUUCAGAGAGGCGAGUUUCUCCAUGCCGGGGUACAGGGUGCGAGAGAUCAUGGAGACCUUCAUCGCUGGAGACACCAACAAGGACGAGAAGAUCAGCUUCGAGGAGUUUGUUUCUAUCUAUCAAGAGCUGAAGAGCAAAGAGUUCAGUGAGACGUUCAGGAAAACCAUCACAAGGAGAGAUGGGAUCCGCUCCUUCGGAGGAACGUCUGGAAACUCCAGCGAGGGAACACAGCACUCCUACUCUGAUGAGGAGAAGGUGGCAUUUGUCAACUGGAUCAACAAAACCCUUGCAAAAGAUCCCGACUGCCAACAUCUGCUGCCCAUGAACCCUGACAAUGAAAGCCUCUUCGCCUCUGUCCGUGAUGGCAUCCUGUUAUGCAAAAUGAUCAACCUGUCUCAGCCCGACACAAUUGACGAAAGAGUCAUCAACACGAAGAAACUUACCACCUUCAAAAUGACAGAGAACCUGGUCCUGGCGCUGAACUCGGCCUCAGCGAUCGGCUGUAUGGUGGUGAGCAUUGAUGCCCAUGAUCUGAUGGCUGGGAAACCCCAUCUGGUGCUGGGACUGUUCUGGCAGAUUAUCAAGGUUGGCCUGUUUGCUGAUAUAGAAAUCAGCAGGAACGAAGGCCUGAUUGCCCUUCUGAAUGAUAAGGAGAGUCUGGACCAGCUGAUGUCUCUGUCCCCUGAGGAGCUGCUGCUCCGCUGGGUCAACCAUCACCUACGCAACGCAGGAACAAGCACCAUCAGCAACUUCAGCGAUGAUAUUAAGGACUCUCGUGCCUACUUCCACCUGUUGAACCAGAUUGCUAUUGAAGGAGAACACGACUACAAAAUGAGCGUCAAAAUCAACAUGAGCGGCCUCAAUGAGCGUGAUUUGGACCGGAGGGCGGAGCUGAUGCUGAAACAGGCGGCCCGGCUGGACUGCAGACAGUUUGUUUCUCCUCAUGACGUCACAUCUGGAAACAGCAAACUCAACCUGGCCUUUGUAGCGAACCUGUUCAACAUGCAUCCUAGUCUGCAGACAGUCAAUGGCAACUACGACCUAGAGAAGGCACAAAUAGAGCCUGAGACCAAAGAAGAGAAAACAUUUAGAAACUGGAUGAACUCUCUGGGCGUCUCUCCAUAUGUCAACCACCUGCUCUGUGACCUGUGUGAUGGCUUGGUGAUCAUGCAGCUUUAUGAGAAGGUUAAUGUGCCUGUGAACUGGAAGAAAGUCAACAGCCCGCCUUAUUCUGUCCUGGGGGCCAAAAUGAAGAAGCUGGAGAACUGUAAUUACGCUGUGGAGCUGGGCAGGGAUGUGGCUCACUUCUCUCUGGUCGGUAUUGGAGGAGUAAACUUGAAUGAGGGGAACCGGAUGCACACCCUGGCGCUGGUCUGGCAGCUGAUGAGGAGGUACACAGUGCUGGUUUUGUCGGAUCUGGGUGAUGGAGAGAGGGUCGGAGAUCAGAUCAUCCUCGGCUGGGUCAACUCAACAUUGGGCCAAAAACGAAAGGACUCACAGAUCAGCAGCUUUAAGGACAAACUGAUCAGCACCAGUCUGCCAGUGAUUAACCUGAUCGAUGUCAUCGCUCCCGGUAAUGUCAAGUGGGACAUGGUGAGGAAAGGAGAGAAAGGAUGGAUGAAGGAUGACGACAAACUCAACAACGCAAAGUAUGCAAUCUCAUUGGCUCGUAAAAUCGGAGCACGUGUCUAUGCACUGCCUGACGAUUUGGUGGAAGUGAAUCCGAAGAUGGUGCUGACGCUGUUCGCCUCCCUCAUGGGCCACGGUUUGAAAAAGGUCAACCGCUGAAACAGACAAGAACAAACCACCUGGGAACCAACCACAGAUAUACAUUUUGUUCUUAAUGCAAUUGUAUGUCUUUUUUUUAUCCUCAUUGUAAUUUCUUUUCUUCAACCUUUCUGUGAUCAGAACGAGGCAGUCUCGGUUUAUCAGUAAGCCUACCUAAAGUUGGAAAUAAUUUCUACUCAGCAAAGCCACUGCAUUUGUUUGUUAUCUGUGAUUUUAUAGAACAAACUCCUGAUUGUUCUUUGCAUUUAAUAGCCCAUAACAUCUGUUUUAUUGCUGUGUGACCAGAGAAGAAGAUCCAGCAGGAGGACAAACAUAAGCAUACACACACUUGUCUUUUAUGUCUGUAAAUGUUGUGCAUUAAAUAUUGCUAUUUAAUUAUUAAAGAGAAUCUAUUAAAUGUAAAAACAGCCUUUUAUGUGUGUGUUGUGUCAGGUAAAGGAGAAAAAAUAAAAUGUUGAUUUUGAGAUCCUCGGUUACUUUUUAGG